AAAAAAAAAAAAAAGUAUGCAAGGUAUAUAGUUUGAGCCCUGCCUAGUCCUGGGUUUAGGCUGGAGGGUCAACUCUGGACUCAGCACUUGCAAUAGCAACUUGUCACAUUAUGAGGGAAAGCCCCAGCAUCAUUGUGACCCGAUCACUCUCAUGACCCUGUGAGUCCAACUGGCAGGCCAGUGGAUACUGGGGAUAGUGGGUUUGGGGGCCUAAGGGCCCUGGUGGCCCCAGGGACCACCAUGGCCAUGGCUGAGCGGCCACGACAUGGGUGGGCCUCGUGUCACAACCCCAGCACCAACAACUGCCAGGACAUGGGAAACUCCAUCCUACUGAUGUUGGGUCUCAUCAUCUGCAUUAACAUUGGCAUCAAUAUGGUGACCCUGGUCAGGGCAAGAUGAGGUGGAGGGAGGGCACUGGUGGGGUGGCUGGGAGGUGGGCCUGGUGACAAGGAUCUGUCUGUGGUCACUACGUCUUCCUAUACCUAGCUCUGGAGUCGGCUCCGUGUCAUCUUACACCGAAUGUUCCAUAUCAUUUGUGAGAAAGAAACCACUAAAUUAUCCUCACCUGGGAAGCAGGCCCAGCCCUUGAGGAAGCAGACCUACCCUGAAAUCCAUCUUCGAUGCACCAUGGAUCCUGUGAAAAUGACUGUGAUGCCUCCACCCACUCAUCGUUAUCGCCAUCGAUCUUCUCCAUCUCACCAGGCCCACCGCCCGGUAGCUUUGACCCAUGACACUGAUGACGAGAACCGCCCCCAUCAGCAUCCAGCAAUCUGUUCCUACCACCGGGGUGGCCCUCAGGAAUGGAACGGCUUCCAACCCCUUCAGGAGAUCUGGGACCUCUGGACUCAGGAUGCCCUGGAACCAUCUCCCCAGACUAUUCUUUUUCAGCCAGCGGUAGAGGGAAGGCCCCUCAAAAGAGAGAUGAGGUCUGAGCACGGCCUAGAGGCCUAUGUGUACACUGUAAACCCCCCACCUCCCAGCCCAGAGGCUUUGAGCCAUAAAAACAAUCGGGUGGAGACAGGAAGAGGUGCUGAGAGUGAGCAAGCACAGUGCCAGGCUGCUCCACCACCCUUGCUGGGUCCAGCAAAUAUCCCUGAAAUCCCCUGGCGCUGCUCCUCCGGUGGAUAUGACGCCAGAGAAGUGAGACGGCGGCUUAGGGAACUGACCCGGGAGGUGGAAGCCUUAUCCCACUGUUACCCCUUGGUCUCUGGAUCCAGCACUGCUGAGGGGACAGGCAAGGACUGGGUCUAUCGUCCCCUGAAGGGGAGAUGACUAGGAAAAAAAAUAAAAAAGAGAGGCGGUGGUUGUGGUGGUCUUGGGGGACGGGUACUCACAGAUCCCAGAAUUCCUGGUUACUAAGAGAAUGAUCUCUCUAUCAACAGGACCUAGAGAGUUCUGGGGACCCUUGUCAACCUCUUGCCUUCACAGGCCCUGUUCUGAGCCCUUUCCCAGGCCUUUCUUGGUUCCAAGUUUUCUGACUGCCUCUAUCCUGUUUUCUUUAGCACCCAGAAAAGUCACCGAAUCUAGUCAGAUCCCCAAGCAGUCCUACACUAGAGGAGAGACUGCAGUAUCAUGGUUCUAGCUUCUCAGAGGUCUCAGGAGCCCCUGUUUGGCUAUAAACCCAGGGUAAGCAUUGUUCCCUCUGAUGCUCUGGUGUCCUUCCAUUUCUUUGGUAGCAAUGGUUGAGCAGAACCUGAAGUUCCCACAAACCCUCGAGUAUAGACUUAGAGCAGGAGAUAGAGACACUGUCAAGAGGUGCCUCACCAUAAUGUCUCAGCCCUCUGUGAUUUCACUCCUCUUCAUGUCACAAAUGAGAGACUGAAGCUCGGGCCAGAUGACUUGCUUCUGGUGAUAAAUACCAAGGACAAGUUCAUGGCCUUAAGACACUUUAUCUCCCUGGUCCUGCUGGUGGAUAAAUUCCCACUGUCAAAUGAGUCAGCUCAGCCUUCCUGCCUCAGUUUACCAUGUGACAUUUUCAGACUAUUCCAUCCAAUGAUAGCAGAGAAAUUGAACCCCUGACCUGCUACCAGAUGGUUGAGGUCCUCAUAUGCAUGUGUACACACACUCUUGGGACCAAGGAGCCAUAUGAGUGAGCCCAGGCUGAAGGAACUGGACCUCACCUUCCAUACAAGAUUUCUGGAUUGUGUGCAUACUUUCUGUGAAUCACCCUAUUUCUCUGUUCAUUUACAUUCAACUAGAGUUAUUGAAGUUGAUUGAUAGCACAUGCCUAUAAUCCCAACAUGAGUAUUCAGGAGGCUGAGGCAGGGGUUUCAUGCAAA